CGCCACUCGUACUAAAGCUCGAUGGAAACUCAACGAAGCUAAAUAAUUUUCGUGAAAUGAAAUUCUUAAACCAUCUUUUACUACUUUUUCUCACAAUAGGAAAGUGUGAAAAUUUCCGCGGUUUUCAUGAUCAUCUCACAGCACUACCUGAUCAAUCGAACAACACCGGAAUGGUUCUGGGUAUAUCAGAAAUGAUCAACCUGUUGGCUCCGAAAACAUUGGCAAUUUUGGUGCUCAAAGGCACCAAAAUCGAUAAAAUCGAUCGUCUUACGAUAAUGAUCCAUCACAAUAACAUCCCAACCUGCAUCUUUAAGAAUCGUGAACGUUACUUUCAGUACAUUGCAGAAAAUCUCAAACUUUCAGUGGAAACGACGAGUUUGGUGUUUUGCCAUCCGAAGGAAAUGCUGAACGAGUUGAUCGAUCGCCACCUGGCGCACCGGCUCAGUUUGUACAUGUUUUACUGGGGUGCUGCCAAGGUGCCCCAAGACUUGGACCCUUCUUUGAUGCGAGAACCACUGCGAGUGUCGGUGAUUACCAGCCCACGGAAGAAUGUGUUUCGUAUCUUUUACAACCAAGCAAAACCAAACAAUAGGGGACUACUUCUAAGCGCAAACUGGUUCGAUGGGAAUGAUAUGACCUUCCAGAAGACGCCAUUGCUGCCCACUCCCACAGAUGUUUACAAAAAUUUCGAAGGCCGUGUCUUCACUAUUCCUGUUAUCCAUAAACCACCGUGGCAUUUUGUGAAGUAUGUCAAAUUAAACGAAUCCGAAAACACCACCGAUCCGGACUUACGCUUCGUUUGUAAUAAUUACAGCGAAAGUUAUGAAUCUUUGUUCGACGUAACUGGUGGUCGAGAUCACAACCUCAUGCAGCUUAUAGCAAACCGUAUGAAUUUCAGCUUCAAAUAUGUCGAACCGGAAGACAAAAUACAAGGUUUGAUUUCCGCUAACGAUGGUAACGCUAGUUUCACUGGUGCCAUAGGAAUGUUGCAGCGCCGAGAGGUGGAUUUAUUCCUCGGAGACGUAGCCAUUACUUGGGAACGGAUGCAGGCUGUAGAAUUCUCUUUUUUCACUCUAGCAGAUUCGGCUGCUUUCGUAACACACGCUCCAAGAAAGUUGAAUGAAGCAUUGGCCUUGGUCAGGCCUUUCCAGCUAACCGUAUGGCCUUUGGUUCUGUUGACAAUCUGUAUGUCGGGGCCAGUACUCUACAUGAUCAUAGCUCUACCAUACCGUCUUGAGGAGUGGGUAAAGGUUAAUCUAAGCAAAACGAAGAAACUUCGGAUAUUAACAGGACCAUCGUUUUAUCACAUGCAAUAUAUAAGAGAAAUGAACUAUGGAAUACCUGUACGCUCUGAAAUAGCUGGAGCUCCAAAGCAUCCGAGUUUAGAUCGCUGUGUUUGGUAUACGAUAAACGUCUACCUCAGGCAAUCUGCAUCCAUUCCGUACAAUGGCCAUGUCGCCAGGUUCUUCUCUAUACUUUUGUGGCUGUGCGCAACUUACGUUCUUGGUGACGUUUACUCAGCGCAACUUACUUCGCAGUUAGCUCGACCUGCCUUGGAAAGUCCCAUAAACACGUUAGAACAAUUGGAGAUUGUCAUGAUGGCUAGCGAUUAUCAGUUGCUGGUAGAACGGCAAAGCGCUUUCCAGGCUGCCUUGGUAAACAGCACCGGUAUAUUAAACCGAUUGUAUCGCAUAACCCAACGUCAAUCGCACAACGAAUCUUAUUUGGUGUCCUCAGUUGAAGAAGGAGUCCGCAUCUUGUUGAGGAAUUCUAAACGAGCAGUCUUUGGAGGACGCGAAACCUUGUAUUUCAAUACAAAGCGCUACGGAGCCUAUCGCUUUCAAAUGAGUCAUUCGGUUUACACCAGAUAUUCAGCCGUUGCCGUGCAGUUUGGGUCUCCGUUUUUGGACAGUUUGAAUGAAGUCAUCAUGAGACUGUUUGAGGCGGGUAUUAUAGAACGCAUAACUGUUGCUGAGUACGAGCGAAUGUUUGGUAGCCAAUUUGGUCCAGAUUUGGAUGGAAUGGAUUUGGAAGGCGCAAAGACCAAAAAGUCGUCAGAGAGUAACGAAAAGCUUCAACCGAUGAAUUUACGUAUGUUGCAGGGAGCAUUCUUGGCGCUUGCUUUUGGACAUUCACUUGGAAUUUUUGUAUUGCUGCUAGAAAAUAAAAGGCUUUUCGUGCAUGUAAUAUGUUGUACAGGAACUUUUUAUCGCGUGGGUUCAUUAUGUCGUGCGUUGCGUCGAUUGAUGGACAAAUUUCUUCAUGACUACUAGACUUUAAUCACUGAUGAGCUGAUGAAACAUUGGACACCAUUCCCAUGAACCAGCAUCUCAAUAAUUCAUAUUUAUACCAGUGAUGGCGCUAGUUGACUAGAAUGAGAGCGCACAAGACCUUAAAA